AUGAAAUUCUCACUCCUGCUCCUCAGCGUAGUCUGCGCUGCAACCGCCACUGCAACUACAACUGCAUCUACAAACCAAGCAGCAACGCACGUAAUCUACUCCUACCCCGGCCCCUCCCCGCCAGCAAGCCUCCUUACUCUCAUCUCCACCGGCAAAGUAGGCGGCCUCAUCCUCUUCGGCGAAAACAUCGACGCCAACCUCUCCACCACCAUCGCCAACAUCCAAAAAACCUACACCACGUCCCCACGCUACAAUGGCACCCCGCUGCUAAUCAUGACCGACCAAGAAGGCGGCAAAGUCCGCCGACUUCCUGGUGGCCCAACCCUCUCCGCGAAGCAGGUCGGCAUGUCGGCCGAUCCGGCGUCUACAGCUGCAGAAACUGGAACAGAAGCUGCGGACACGCUGGCUAAAUACGGCGUGAAUGUCAAUUUGGCGCCUGUGCUGGGUGUUUACCGCUCCGCGGGGGACUUUCUAGAUGAGUACGGCCGGUCCUACGGGAAUUCCUCCGGGUUGGUAGCUUCUUGCGCAGAAGCUUUCAUUCGCAACCAGCAAGGGCACGGAGUGAUUGCUACAGCGAAGCACUUCCCUGGUCUUGGGGCGGCAAGUGCAGACGAGAAUACGGAUCUCGUGCCGGUAAGGAUUGACCUCGGGCUGGAUGAGUUGCGGCGGGUGGACGAGGCGCCGUAUACGGCUGCGAUUGCGGCGGGGGKGGAGAUGGUUAUGGCGUCGUGGGCGGUGUAUCCUGCGCUGGAUGAUAAGCCGGCUGGGUUGAGUGAGAAGUGGAUUCAAGGAGAGCUGAGAGGGAGGCAUGGGUUUAGGGGAGUGACGAUCACGGAUGCGAUUGAGGCCGGGGCGUUGAGGGCGUAUGGCGAUGAUGCGGCGAGGGGGGUGCUUGCUGCGCAGGCGGGAAUGGAUCUGAUUCUUGCGUCGGCGAGGAAUGUCUCGCAGGGCGAGGCGAUUGUGGAUGCGCUGACCAAGGCGCUGGAGACGGGGGAGGUGGAUACGGAGGAGUUCGAGGCCGGCACGGCGCGAAUCAUGGCAUUGAGACGGACUUUACAUGUAUAG